UGGCGUCGAGUCGGCUACCUGUAGUCAUAGUUUAGUUCCAAAAUGGCCGCGUUUGAUCGUUCCUGUGCCUGCGUCGCGAUCAAGAUUGUUCACGAGUGAGCGAACGGAUCGAAAAUACAAUAGAGCCGAAAAACGGGCACACGGCAAAAUGAAUCUUAGGACAAGGGUUGCCGCGGUACUCGCGAUUCUUUGUCUGAUUCCAGUUGAGAGAGCAACCGGUAUCCUACGGAGAUGCGUGAAUUGUAGAUCGAGAGGAGAUUUGGGAUCGUGCAAGGAUCCGUUCACGAUGAACUCGACGGAGAUCGAAAUGGAGAAAGGCGUGGAUGCUGUCCCAUGCGCGUCUGGAUGGUGUGGCAAAAUAAUCGAAAGUCACGGUAUAAACAACGAAUACGGCACUGCCACGCAGAGGCUUUGUUUCCAACGUGGGCCCGACGACGGCGAGGAGAGGUGCGCUUACACAAUGUGGAAUUACAAAAAAGUGUACAUGUGUCUUUGUUACGGGGAUCUAUGUAACGGAACGACGACACUGACCGCUUCCAACGGAUUGAUUCUUACGAUGAUUUGCUUUUUCCUUCGACGGUUAGUUUCGAUAUACUAGAAUCUAAUCGAAUGUAUUUAUAUUGUAUAAAAUGUUCCUUGUAUCUGUACAUGACGCGAGAAUUUCCACGAAUAGCCAGUACGUUGUAAAACAUUAAUUUGUUGUUAAGCCUAGGCGAGUAAAAAGUCUGUAAACUUUUAUAAUAUA